AUGACUGUUGAAGGUCUUCUCGCCGAGGCAAACUCUGUCAACAACUUUCGAUUCCGUCAAGUUGAAAAGUGCCCUGGUGCCAAAGCUAACGGUGGAGAUGGAGUUUCUCGACCAAGCGAAGAGCGAGUUCAAAAACUCGAAGCUCGAGUUUCUGAACUUGAAGAUGUUGUCAAAAAGCUGAGCAGUUUGAUUUCAAACCUUAAUUUAAGUUCAUCUUCGAAGCCUGCAGCUGUGGCUCAGACCGAAAGUAAGCCCAAGCAGGCUCCUCAGCCAGCCAAGAAGACUGAUGAUGACGACGACGACGUCGAUCUUUUUGGCUCUGAUGAUGAGGUCGACGAAGCGGCUGAGAAGCUGAAACAAGAACGCUUGGCUGCCUACGCUGCCAAGAAAUCCAAGAAGCCCGGCACUAUUGCCAAGUCCAACGUCAUCCUCGAUGUGAAGCCUUGGGACGAUGAGACCAACAUGGCCGAUUUGGAAGCUGCUGUGCGCACAAUUCAAAUGGACGGUCUGGUUUGGGGUGUGUCCAAGUUGGUUCCCCUUGCUUACGGCAUCAAAAAGCUGCAGAUUGUCUGCGUUGUUGAAGACGAAAAAGUAUCAAUUGAAGAACUUUCCGAGAAGAUCGAAUCAUUUGAGGACUUUGUUCAGUCGGUUGACAUUGCCGCUUUCCAGAAGAUCUAA